AUGAACCUCAGCCGUCGAUGGCACUGGCUACUCCCAAUCCUCAUCGGUGUUGCCUGGGGCGAUUACGCGCCUCUUUCACACAAUUGCGCCGCCUUUCCGGAACGUGAGAUCAAGAUUACGUUGGGGGUUCUGCUCCCCGAAAGUUAUCAAGCCUCGAUUGGAUCGGCCAUCGAACUGGCCUUGAAACAUGUCCAUUCCAAUCCAAAUCUCAUCCCAAAUUAUUGCAUCGACAUCUUAUAUAGAGAUACUCAAGUGAGUUUUUUAGAAAUUUAAGUUUUCCUAUAUUGUAGUAUAUAGGUAUCAGCUAUUAUUUCUGAUGAUUUUAGUGUAAGACCUCGCUUGGAAUGAAGUCUUUGUUCGAGCUGAUGAACGCCGAGCGACGUCCUGUUGCUCUGUUUGGAAGUAUGUGUACGAAAGUGAACGAGCCGGUCGCUAUGGCCUCAAAAUACUGGAAUAUCCUGCAGUUAUCGUAUGCCGAAAGUCAUGCCAAGUUCAGCUCGGCGGAUGCGAAUGAGGUAAAAUACGAUAUUUUAAGACUACCUUCAUUUACUAGCAAUUUUUAUAAGCACAAAAUUUAACCUAGACAGUGAAAGUUUGAAUCUUUUUUUUGGAUAUUUAUUGUAGUUACUGCAAGAUGAAUGUGUGUAAAGACAAGUAUAACAUCGCCUCUGAAAUUGCAUGUUUGGUGCCUAGAAUGUAUGAGGAUAAUCUAGUUUAUGGGUUUCUUUUCCAAUGGCCCCAUUUUCGGUUGAUAAAUGCCGACGGCUCUCGAAAAGCCCUCAGGCCACGUGGAUGAUCCGAGCGAAACAUAUAGAAAACUUGUUUAAAAACGGGCUGAAAUCUAUUUUCCGGACCCUUCGGCAUCUUUAUUAGUCAUAGUUUUUUGCAAAAAAUAUCAAAAAAAAUGAUGACUAAAUAAAUACCUACUACAAUAUAAUCAUUCAGCUCUACCCGACCUUCUUCCGGAUCGUGCCUGGAGAUCGGAAUUUGAUCUCAGCUCGAUGCCAUCUCAUCAAAUCCUUCAAUUGGACUCGGGUUGGGACCAUAAAGCAGAGCGAUCAGCCACGAUAUUCGCUUCCUCAUGAGAGCCUGACAACUCAACUGGAGAACACGUAUGACAUUCAAGUCAUUUACACGGCUGGAGUGACUUCGGAUCAGUUGAAAAACAUUGGCUACGAGUUGGACGAGCUGAAGGUGAGGGUAAAAUACGCGGUUGACAGUUGAAGGUCGAGAUUUCGAAGGGUUUUUUCAAUAGAAAUUUUUACUUUGAAGUCGCAAAAGUUUUGAUUUUCGCAUGUUUUUUCUGCUUUUUACAAAUUUUUUUACCUUUUGUCAUCAAAAAUAUAGCCUCAAGUCCCUUCAAAUUUCAGUCCCGAGACGCCCACAUCAUCGUCGCUGACAUGGAAACGGAGCUCGCUCUCCACGUUCUCUGCGAAGCCUACAGCAAAGACAUGUUUGGAGUGGAUUAUCUGUGGGUGCUGCCCGGCUAUCAUCAGAACAAUUGGUGGAUGGAUGUGAGCGAAACGAAUUGCACGUUGGAGCAGAUGGAGAAGGUGCUGGAAUACCAUUUAUCGGUCGAGUUUGCGCCUCAACGAGUGAAUACUGAGGAUGUGAUUAUUAGUAAUCAUACUGUGGAUGAGAUCUUGGGAGAUUUGAAUGGUAAGUUGAGCAAAAAAAUAUAGAAGACCUAUUUUUCACAGAUUUACCCGACAAAUUUAAUGUUUUUAGGAGUCUGUGUCGCCGAGGAGUCCGCCUCCUGUCUGACUUCAGUCUACAACACCUAUGCCUAUGAUGGAAUCUGGGCCUUGGCUCUGGCCCUAAAUGAGACCUUAUAUGGCCCUGGAGGACCUCAAGGAGAGGAAGAAAGCGCCGAGAUCACUGCUCAUCGGCUAUUACAAUUGAUGGGGAAGGAUCAGUUUGAAGGGCUGACAGGGAGAGUAAAGUUUGAUCAUAAUGAGAGAUUGGGGCUGGUCUACGUUUACCAGUGGAUCAAUGGGACCUAUAUGAACAUGGGGUACUAUGACGGCACAGUGGACCGAUUCGAUAUUCACAAAAUUGAGGAGUGUAAGUGUGAGGGAGGAUUCUUAUUUUUUGAAUUAUAGAAUAUUUGAAUAUGCGAAUUUUUAGAGAAAAAAUAAGCAAAAAUUUUUUAAACUUCAUUUUUAACACAUGCAGAUCAUUUCUAAUAAAAUUUCAAAAAAUUUAUUGAAAUUUGCAUAUUUAAAAAAUUUAAAAAAUUGCAUAUUCAAAUUUUUUAAAUAAGGAAUAAAUAAGCUAAAAAUUUUUUGGGUCAGUUUAUGGCCUAUGCAGGAUAUUUUUCUCAAAUUUAAAAAAAUUGGCUAAAAUUUGCAUAUUUAAAAAAAACGUAAAAAUUUGCGUAAAAUUUGCAUAUUAUAAUUUUUGCAAAUUUUUCAGCCUGGACUGUUCCCCGCGACGCCACCGUCGUAAUCCGUCAACGUCGCUAUGUGAACUACUUUCUAUUGGGUAUUAUGUGUGCCAUUUCCAUAUUUGGAAUGCUCGUGGCGGCGCUUUUCCUCUUCCUCAACAUCAAAUAUCGCAACCACAAAUUCAUCAAAAUGUCCUCUCCCAACAUGAACAAUGUCAUCAUCUUCGGCUCCAUGUGUUGCUAUGCCUCUGUCAUUUUACUGGGAAUCGACACCAGAUUCGUGGGAUCCAAUGCUUUCGAGAAGUUGUGUUACGUACGUUAAUUUUGGAUGGUAUGUUAUCCGAAUUUAGAUCAAAACCUGGGUUCUGAGUGUGGGCUUCACGCUGGCGUUUGGGUCGAUGUUUUCGAAGACCUGGCGAGUCCAUAGUAUCUUCACGAACAUCAGGAAAGACAAGAAAGCCAUCAAGGACGCCCAGUUGUUCAUGAUUGUGGCCUUGCUUUUGUUCAUCGACGGCUUGAUCUUGGGGGCUUGGUCGAUUAUCUCGCCGUUUCGCUUCAAAAUCACAGAACAUGAACCUGUGGUGAGUGUAAAAUACGGUAUCCGUAGUAAUGAGUAGAAAUUUCGAUUUCAAAUUUUUAAAUCAUUGUUUUGUAAAAUACGAAGUCCAUAAUAACUUUUUCAGAGGGUCAAAAAUCAACUAGUGAUCCCAGAACUGGAGCGAUGCCAAAGUGAUUACGCAUUUUUGUUCCAAGGAAUCUUUUAUGUCAUCAAGGGAAUGCUCAUGGUAUGUUUACAUAAAAUACGUUGUAUCCAUCAAAAUAUUUAUUUAUUUGGAUGGGACAUUGUUACGAUUUCACGAGGUGUAUCUCUGCAAGCGAUCAAUGUAUAAUACAUAUUCUAUACGAUUUUUGAAAGUUUACGGCCAACAAAAACAUUUUUCUUUGACUGCUCUCCGAAUUUUGCGUUCUCUCUCGCUAGAUCGCUGCAGAUUUUUUCUUCAAGGCAUGAAAAAAAAUUUAGUAAUUUUUCCGUAACUUUGAUAGCAGUACGGAUACGGACCGAUCCAGUGGCAAAAAACGUUCCAUUUUGCAUCCGGGAAGUAUCAAAAAAUGUAGCAAAAUGCCUCCAUUCCAAAUGAAAAAACUUCGUUUUGAAGGGUCUCCCUUACAAAAAGAGCAGACGCGCUUUGAAACCGGAGUUUUUGACUUGGAAAGGGAGGCAUUUUGCUACAUUUUUGAUACUUUUUGAAUGGCAAAUGGCAUUUUUUGUCACUAGAUCAGGUCAUCCACUGUAUGUGCACAAACUUUAAAGAAAAUGUCAGCAUUACUUUGCCAAAAAAUAAUAUUGCCAUCUACUGUAACAUUGCAGAUAUUCGGCUGUUUCCUGGCCUGGGAGACCCGCGCCGUCAACGUCCCCGCCCUGAACGACUCCAAAUACAUCGGAAUGUCUGUAUAUAACGUGGUUGUGAUGAGUGUGAUCGGGGUGGCGUUGGCGGUGAUGCUGCAGGACCGUGUGACCGAGUCCUUCAUCCUCACCGCCAUCCUGAUCAUCUUCUGCACCACGCUGACGCUGUGUUUGGUGUUUGUGCCAAAGGUGGUGGAAUUGUUUCGAACGCCUCGCGGGACGGAUGCGCAGCGCUACAGGAAGGGCAUGAUGAAGAGUAUGGUGGGGAAGAGCAGCACGGAGCGGCUGCACAGACAGCUGUCCAUGUGAGUUGAUUGUAAACCAAUGUUUUUGCAAUUCUUUUGACUGUAAAAAAUGUAAAAUACGCCAUAAGUGAAGAUUGGUUUACUGAUUUAAUUUUCAGCCGAGUCUCCGAAGGAAUCAAAGAAAAAAUUGUUCAGAUUGAAGAAGAAAACCUAAAACUUCAUCAAAUUUUGGUUACUGUAAGUUCUUUGGCUACUUAUUUGUUGUAAAAUACGCCAAUGAGAAUUCACAAAUUACUUUUCUUUUAUAGAGAUCCGCCGAAUUAUGGGAUUUGUUGGAACGCCUCCGAUUGAUUGGCUCUCAAAAUUGUUUGGAUCGGAAUGGAAAAAUCCACAGUAAGCGAUGGCUUUUAAAAAAAAAACAAUUCACUUGUUUUAUAAUAUUUUUUUGAUUGGCCGGAAAAACGCUAUAUCUUGAGCAGAAGGGUUCAUAAAAUUUGUAAUUUUUUUUGGGGAGUGACGAUUGGGGAAACUGAAAAAUGUUUUAUUUCUUCAAUGCAAGUGCCGAAAUUAGGACAAUCGAUGGCGCUGAUUUCGAAAAGGAGGAUUUUUUUUUGACUCUUACCUUUUCCUUGCUUCAGGAGUCAACAAAAAUUUAUAUUUUCAAAAUCAGCACCAUCCAAAACCCCUAAAUCGAAAAUUUGUAAAAAAAUUUAAAAAAUUACGACUUUACAGUACUACUUAAGCAAUGAUCAAAAAAUUAUGAAUGUCAUUUUUAACAUCAGCGCCACUGAUUAGCCUAAAUUCGACACUUGUGUCGAAGGAAAGUAACACUUUUCGGUUUCCCCAAUCGUCUUUUUUCCCAAAUGUCGGCGUUCCUAAUUUUUUGGCGGGCUUUUUGAUUUGUCCAGUAAAAAUUUUAUACAAAAGUUGUUUUGCGAACCGCAGAGUCGUUUUUUCGUGUUCUGGCCCACUCCCAAAAAAAGAAUUUUUCCGAGCUGCGCCCAGCUUCGAAGUGACAGUUUUUUAAUGGUAUUGACGGUGAUUUUUCUGAAUUAGAGCGUAAUGAUGAUCUGAGAUAGACUAGAACUAAAUAAAACACUAAGGGUACCAUUAAAUCACCUUUUUUUUGAAAUUUUAGACAUCACCCUUACUUGUUUGUUCCCAACCUGCAGCCUGCGAAGAAAUUCAAAAAUAAAAAAUUUCUUCAUUCAACCAUUAAUUUUUGCUUUUCAGGCAGCCGAAGCAGCAACUUGUGCUGUGUUUCCUCCGAUGAGAAUCCGUCCACUUCCCUGUACGAAGCCAGCAAUCGAAAGAGUUCUUCGAGUAGCCUAAGGUAAUUUAUGAUUUUUUACAAAAAAUUGAGGCCCUGUUCUACACUCAUUCGAAAUCUUGGGUCGUAUUUUACCCUCAAAUGUGGCCAUUUUCAGCAAGACCGAGACGUUUUCCUCGCUGUUCCGUCGCCCGUCCAAUGGCAAGUCCAUAGUGGUGAAGCAAAAGGCCGAAAGUGGAUGGCCAUGGCUGGAUCCGAGUCAGCCCUCGACCAUGUUGUGA